AGAGUCAACGACACAUCCGGCCUGCAAAUCCACAGCAUCAUGUACCGCUUCCACCCCUCCGUCCAAUGGCAGGGCGGCUACCCCAACCGCAAGCAAAUCGUCUCCCAGGUCGAGCAGCUCUGGAAGCGCUACAACCUCGACAAGAAGACCAAGUUCGGCGUCAAGGUCAAGGGCGUCAAGCAGGACGAUCAAACCCGCUGGGUCAUCAACAACGAUCCCUCGCUCGGCCGCUUUGACGGGCUCAUUGUCGCCAUCGGGACGUGCGGCGAGCCCAAGAUGCCGCACAUCCAGGGCAUGGAAAAGUACAAGGGCGAGAUUUACCACUCUAGUGAAUUGACUGGAAAGGACGCCAAGGACAAGCACAUCGCCAUCAUCGGCGGCGGCGCCUCCGCCGUCGAAGCCCUCGAGUUCGCCUUCUCCGCCGGCGCCUCCAAGGUCUCCAUCCUCUCGCGCUCCGACAAGUGGAUCAUCCCGCGCAACAUGCUCGUCGACACGCUGCUCAGCCUCAACAUCUUUGGCCAGGAGACGCUCUUCUCCUUCAUCCCCGAGUUCCUGCUGCGCAAAUUCUUCUACCGCGACCUCGAGGACCUCGCGCCCACGCACGACAAGGGCCUCUUCAUGAGCACGCCCAUGGUCAACUCGGCCGUCAUGGACAAGCUGCGCGAGGGCCGGGCGGAGUGGAUCCGGGGCGACAUCCUGGGCUUCACGAGCCGCGGCGUCAAGGUGAACCGCCGGUCCAAGGGCGUGCCCAAGGGCGGCCCCGGCCACGAGGAGGUCGUCAAGGCGGACAUUGUCGUCAUGGCCACCGGCUUCAAGCGGCCGUCGCUGGCGAUCCUGCCCGACGACUGCUUCCAGGAGCCGUACGGCCCGCCCAACUGGUACCUGCAGACGUUCCCGCCCGCGCACCCCUCCGUGUCGGCCAUCAACGCGACGUUCGUCGAGGCCAUUGGCACCGUCGGCAACUGGCACAUUGGCAUCUACACCCGCAUCCUGCUCAUGUUCCUCGUGGACCCGCUGACGCGCCCGAGCCGCUGGUGGAUGGAGCGUUGGAUCGACAUGACGCGCACGCUCAAGCGCUUCAGCCCCACGGGGGCCUUUGACUUUUUCACGUACCUCGAGCUGGUCUGGUGGUUUGUGUUUUGCGUCGCGUUCAACCCGUUCCGCUGGAAGUGGGCGCUGUUUGUGUUUUUCGGGGUAGGCAUCGGACUCCCGGAUAUGGUUGUCAGGACGGAGAAGAACUUUGUAAAUGGGGAGGGAUAUAAGAACCGGGACGAGGGGGUGAGCUUUUAGG